UCACAACACUCGUCAGCUAAUAGAGAGCUAAACAUUGUGGAAACCAUGAUCUCUGUUUACUCUGCUCUGUACACUCUUCUGCUGUUCUCUGAGCUGAGCAGACACUCGGUCACUGCAGCCAUGCCCGCAACUAAAGGAGACGACAGCUUAUCGGAGCAAGAUGGCCUGUUCCUAGGGGACAAGCCCAUGUCUGAGCCUGCUGGGGUUCCUCCUGUGUACAGACGAAGCCUCAUGCUGGACACCAACGAGAUGAUUGAAGAUGGAAGACCUAGAAUCAUCAUCGCCUCAGACAUGGGGCUGAGAGGACGCAGUAUUCGUGGGCUGAACCCGGCCUUCACCCGGACCUUCCCUCUGCUCACAGACCAAAGCUUGAGCCACACUCCCGCUGAGCACAGUUUGAAAAUCGAUCGCAGAAACACCGACCAAGACUUGCUGCGGUGUAUGAUAGGAAGAGUGUACCGACCCUGCUGGGUAGAAUAAAUGUUUCUCCCUGUGCUGCCGUCCUGCCCUGAUUGUGCUGUAGAAAUUUUCCCCUUGUAUGUGUUACACUGAAAUGCAUUUUCUUGUAGAAAAUGAGAGCUCACAAACUUGUAAAACAAAAUAAAAAAGUUUAUUAAAAGUGAAAUGUGAGCAUCGUAUUUACAAAGUUACUUUCGCUGUGGAAUUUUACAAGUUAAAUAAACUGUACAACUAAUGAUUAAAUAGGCUACAUUUCAAGCACAAAGCAGGACUUGUCUCAAUGAAAGAAAGUGUAUUAACCAAUUUCCCAAUGAUGUGCUGUCAUACUGAUUAUUCACACUGCUAAACAGGUAAAAAUAGUAGUUAAACUAGUGUGGAAACAAUAUAUUGCUUAGUUAAUCAACAGAAAAUUAAUCAGCGGUAAUUUUGAUUAGCGAUAAGACGUUCAUGUCCUUUUUAAAGAAAGAAAAAGCUAGAUAAUUUGCUGGUUCUUGCUUCUCAAAUGUAAAGACUUUUUUCAUCCACAUUUUAUAGACUUAAUGAUUAAAUUAAUAGUUUGACAUUUUAGGAUUUUGCUGAGAGUUAAAUGGGAAGAUUGAUACCACUCUGCUGAGUAUGAAGCUACAGCUACCAGGCAGUUAGCUUAACUUGUAGCCAGUUAGCUAGUUUAGCAUAAAAAGCCAGUUAGCCAGUUUAGCAUAAAAAGCAGAAUUCGGGGGAAACAGUUUGAAAAAUCCCCUCACUAGCAGCUCUAAAUUUUUACCAAUUAACUUGUUAUAUCUUGUUUAAUGCGUCCAAAACUUGAUCUGUGUGCUAAAUGCUACUGCUAGCCACUUAGCGUAGUUUAGGGCAAUGCCCUGCAAGCUCCAGCUUCAUAUUUCACAUAGUCAUCUAACUCUGAGAAAGUCAGCAAAUGAAUGUAUUUCUC